UUUCUUAUUGGAAGUCGUAACGGGGUAAUAUAUGAAGCUGAGAUCGAACCGACUGAUGAAUUCUUUAAAAAAGAAGAAAAAUAUUGCAAACAGGUCUAUUCAUUAAAUGAGAACGUUCCCAUUACUGGUCUUCGCGUCGAACAAUUUCCCGUAACAUCGCGAAAGUAUUUUAUAGUAGCUACAACACCAACUAGAUUAUAUCAAUUUGUAGGAAUUGCAACUUCAUCAAGAGAUGAUGAGGCUGCUUCGAUGUUUGAAAGUUUAUUCACUAGAUGUGAAGUUAACCCAGUAUUUCAGGAGCUUCCUGGAGACCUUCCUUAUAGUGAAUUACAAUUUUACUCUCAAUUUCAAGGAGUUGCAAAAAGUUUUGCUUGGUUAACAGGCCCAGGUAUUUAUCACGGAAGUCUUGUAUUUGGUUCACAAGAUGUUGGUGAUAGCGUCAUCGAUAGUGCAAAAUUACUUCC